AUGGCCAGGUCUGCAAAGGUUCUCACGCAGAUGAACGCGGCAGCACUCGCCAUAACAUACGCAUUAGACAGGCUCGAGGUCGAUUAUGGAUUCUACGGAGCAUACGUCCUCACCGUCCUGGGCGGUCUUCGAAGAUUGACCGAGGACGACCGGAUAACCUGUGCUGUCGGGUGCACCAAAGCAUACCUGAUGGCGCAUCUCAAGAAUUUCGCACGAUUCGAUCUCGACCAUGAAUCUGAUGAGCGACCAGAUAUCGCGACAUAUGUCUUUGACAAGAGUCAGCUCCGAGUGGAUUUCUAUCCCAUAUCCAUGACCACAAUCACAACUCAAAGGGUGUGCCUACAAGGUGGAGGGCCAGAGAAAAGAAGCAUCCGAAUCCUGUCGCCAGUGUUCUUGUUCAAAGCCCAGCUUGAACAAGUCUUCCAUCACCUCCACAAUGCAGACCUCGAAGAUCUACGAUUUCUGCAAUCGCUGAAUGCGUGGCAUCUGCGGACGCAAAAGUCGCACUUCAACCGACUUUAUAUGGGAAAGAUUGUGUUCAAGAAACCAGCGAUGCAAGUCUUCUUCAAAGAACUAAACAUCGAUCCCGAGUCUUGUCGAAUGAAAUGGGAGGCACGGAAGCAAGGCGCCAUUCAAAGAGCCGAUGCUAUCAACAGAGUGCAGAAUGGGCUCUUAUAUAACACGCACGAUAAAUGA